AUGGAAAAGACCUUAGUGACAUCGACGGUGCCCGCGCUGCUCCGGCUAGCGCCCGGCAUCGCCCAGCUGGCCGGAAGCGCGGGCAUCUUCACGGCGGCCCGGCUCCGCCAGCACCCUCACUCGGAAAGCGACUCCGAGCACGACGACGUGGUCCGCCUGACCGUCAACGGGCGCGCCGUGUCGGUCCCGCGCGGAUCGACGAUUCUCAAAGCCGCGCAGACGCUCGGUAUCACGGUCCCGACGCUGUGCUACCACGAGCGCACUGGAGCCCAGCCUGGGAGUUGCCGCGUGUGCCAGGUCGAGGUGGGCGGCCGGCAGCUGCCCGCGUGCUGCACAGUGGCGACGGAGGGGGCGGCGGUGGUGACCGACUCGGCGGCGGUGCGCGCGAGCACGCGGUUCGUCCUGGGCGCGCUGGAGCGCGACCACCCGCACGACUGCAUGACGUGCUCCGCGAACGGCGAGUGCCACUUCCAGGACCUCCUCAACCGCUACGGCGUCGGCAGCGCGGGUCGCGGCGGGGCGCGCCCCGGGCCGUGCAGCUACGCGCUCGCGCAGCCGGCGCGCGACGAGCCCGCGCUGCUGCCGUGCACCGACGACGCGUGGGGCCACAAGCGCACCGCGAGCAACGCGAUCGAGAUCGAUUUCGAGAAGUGCGUGCACUGCGGGCGCUGCGCGCACGUGUGCGGCGAGGUGCAGCACAUGGGCAUCCUGGGGUUCGUGGGGCGCGGGCGCGACUCGCGCAUGGGCAUCGAGGCGGACCUCGAGCUCCCGGAGACGCCCUGCAUUGACUGCGGGCAGUGCAGCUCGGUGUGUCCGACUGGCGCGAUCCAUGAGCGGGAGUCCUGGCGCGACGUGCUCGACGAGAUCGACGCCGGGCGGAAGGUCAUGGUGGCGCAGGUGGCGCCGUCGGUGCGGUUUGCGAUCGGCGAGGAGACCGGGAUGGGCCCCGGCGUGGCCUCGGGGCAGAUGGUGGCGGCGCUGAAGCAGCUGGGGUUCGCGCACGUGUUCGACACGAACUUCACGGCCGACCUGACGAUCCUGGAGGAGGCCACGGAGCUCGUCGCGCGGCUGGCGGCCAACCUAGGGCUCCCGGAGAUCAACGGCAUCCCCGCCGCGCCGCUGCAGGGCGGCGCGCCGCCGAGGCUGCCGAUGUUCACGUCGUGCUGCCCCGCGUGGAUCAACUACGUCGAGAAGGACGCCCCGGAGUGGAUCGACAGCCUCUCCUCGUGCCGCUCCCCCAUGAUGAUGAUGGCGCCCCUCAUCAAGGGUUACUGGGCCGCGACGGCCGGCGUCGACCCGCGCGACAUCGUCAGCGUCGCCAUCAUGCCGUGCACCGCGAAGAAGCACGAGCGCACGCGCGAGCAGUUCCAGGGCACCGUCGCGGAGGACGUCGCGGACGUGGACUACGUGCUCACCACGCGCGAGCUCGGCAAGAUGAUGCGCACGCGCCGCGUGCACAUGGCGACGCUGCCCCCGCAGGACUUCGACAACCCGAUGGGCGUGAGCUCCGGCGCCGCGGACGUCUUCGCCGCCUCCGGCGGCGUCAUGGAGGCCGCGCUGCGCACCGCCUAUCACCUCCUCACGCGCGACGAGCUGGCCGAUUUGGACAUCCUGCCGGUGCGUGGGUUCGCGGGCGUCAAGGAGGCCGUCAUCCCGAUCCCGGUGCCGGCGCUCGGCACGACGAUCGAGGCGCGCGUCGCGGUCGUGAACGGCAUCGGCAACGUCGGGCCGCUCCUCGAGGCGAUCCGCAACGGCGACAAGACGUAUCACUUUGUUGAAGUGAUGUCGUGUCCGGCAGGGUGCAUCGCCGGGGGCGGGCAGCCCAAGGCGCAGACAAUGGAGAACGUGUACGCGCGCGCGCGGAGCGUGUACGCGACGGACGCGUCGAAGGAGCUGCGCGUGAGCCACAAGAACCCUUACGUCAUUGACCUGUACGGCACGUGGCUUGGCGGGGGGCUGACGGGGCCGGACCGCGGGCACAAGGCGCACCACAUGCUGCACACGCACUACACGGACCGGAGCGGGACGAAGCGCGUGGCGUAG